UCCUGCCUCCUCACGGUGCACAAUUCUCAGGGAGGAAAGUAUCCUGCGCUUUUUUUUUUUCUUUUUUCUUUUCAUGAAAGCCCUUAACCAUCAGUGUGAGCGCUGGGCUUAGGGCUGGGGGGGCGCAAGUGAAUCUGAGGGGCCCGGUCUGACUGAAAGAGAAAUCCUCAAACUUUCACACAUGGCGCUGUAGAAUAAGCCUGCUUUCUGUGGAUUUUUUUACAAAAAAAAGGAAGGGGGAAAAAAGUCGCCCGUUUUCAGUGUAGCUGCGGGCGCUUCACCAUGGAGAUGCAAAGAUGGACUAUCAGCUGGAAAACGAAAAGGCGUCAAUGGGAUUCAACGUUAGCCGCUGUGAUCACGUUAAUUUUAACCCUUCAAACUUCAAUUGUUAAAGCAGCUGAACCAGUGGAUGUACUAAAAGCGUUAGACUUUAAGAGCUCUCCUGAAGGAGUCCAGAAAACUCCCGGUUUCUGCACAGUCCGACGAGGAUCCAAACCUGACAUAGCUUACAGAGUGGGGAAAACGACUCAAAUCAGCGCUCCAACCAAACAGCUCUUCCCAGGAGGGAUUUUCCCUGAAGAUUUCUCUAUUCUUUUUACCAUCAAGCCGAAGGCUGGACUGCAGUCCUUCCUUUUGUCUGUCUACAACCACCAAGGCAUCCAGCAGCUCGGCGUGGAGGUGGGCCGCACCCCCGUCUUCCUGUACGAGGACCAGCACGGCAAACCCGCCCCAGAGGAGUACCCUUUGUUCCGCUCCAUCAACCUUGCUGAUGGCAAAUGGCAUCGAGUUGCUAUCAGCGUUGAGAAGAAGAGCAUUACCAUCAUCGUAGACUGUAAGAAGAAGGUGACCAAGCCACUGAGAAGAAGUGACCAAGCUGUGAUCAACACGGAUGGCAUUACUGUUUUUGGUACCAGAAUCCUGGAUGAUGAGGUCUUUGAGGGUGACAUCCAGCAGCUGCUGAUUGUGGCAGACCCCAGGGCAGCCUACGACUACUGUGAACACUACAGCCCUGACUGUGAAACACCCACCCAUCACGACACCCCACAGGCUCAGGAACCAGAGGACGAGUACAAUACCUACAGUUAUGGUGACGCCUAUGAUUACGAUUAUGGUGAAGAAAAGAUAACCACUGACGCUCCUCCAACAGCUGGAGCGAAGACUGAGACAAAUGAGGGUGGAGAUUUUUACAACGGUGAGUAUGAAUACUCCGUAGUGGAUGGAAGUCAGCCUGCAACUCCAACCAAGUCUGCCAGUCAAGGCCAGAAUUAUGAAGCAGAACUGGAGUAUGACUACAUCACCGGUGCAGAGGAGGUGGGUGCGGACCCCACUCCUCCCGUGAAAGCUGCCGUCCCUGACGACACCCAAGAAAAAGUGGAUUCUACUACUGACCUGUACGAGUUUAAGGAAUACGACUUGAAAGAAUACGAUAAGGAGCUUGUGGAGAAACCAUUCGACUACGGGGAUUACGGAGAUUACGGUCCCACCGAUGCCAAGCCCACAACUGAGAAAUACGAGGACUUUGGCCCCGGUGUUCCAGCAAAGACAGACUUCACGGAGAGCAGUAUGGGUCAGAGUUAUUUGGGACAAAAAGGAGAAAAGGGUGAACCUGCAGUCAUUGAACCUGGGAUGCUUUUAGAAGGACCCCAAGGAGCCCCUGGCCCAGCAGGUGUUCCUGGUACCCCUGGAUCACAAGGAUCCCCAGGUCCCCCAGGAGAUCCGGGUGAGAGGGGUCCUCCAGGGCGUCCUGGUAUUCCUGGCUCAGACGGUGUCCCUGGGCCUCCAGGUACCGUUCUGAUGCUCCCAUUCCGUGCUGGCGGUGAGGCACAUAAAGGACCUGUGGUUACAGCCCAAGAAGCUCAGGCUCAGGCCAUCCUGUCUCAAGCUAGAUUAACAAUGAGAGGUCCUCCUGGACCUGCUGGUCUGACAGGAAGAUCCGGUCCUCUGGGACCUCCUGGGGCUCCUGGACUCAAAGGUGACAGUGGUGAUUCUGGGCCACAGGGACCCAGAGGUCUUCAAGGUCCAACAGGUCCACCAGGAAAAGCAGGAAAGAGGGGUCGAAACGGAGCUGACGGAGCACGAGGGAUGCCAGGAGAGUCAGGGGCCAAGGGUGAUCGAGGUUUUGAUGGACUCCCUGGUCUUCCAGGAGAAAAGGGUCAUAGGGGAGAACAAGGCUCUACGGGCCCUCCAGGGUCUCCAGGAGAGGAUGGCCCAAGAGGUGAAGAUGGCCAGGUUGGGCAGAGAGGUUUGGCAGGAGAGAGUGGUCCUAGAGGUUUGCUUGGCCCCAGAGGGUCCCCAGGUCCUCCAGGACCGCCUGGUCUUAAUGGACUCGACGGACAGGCUGGUCCUAAAGGAAACAUGGGUCCACAAGGAGAGCCAGGACCUCCUGGGCAACAGGGCCUACCUGGUCCACAUGGUCUUAUUGGUCCUCAAGGUCCAAUUGGGCCUCCUGGUGAAAAAGGACCUCAGGGGAAACAAGGUCUGGCUGGACUUGCUGGUGCUGAUGGUCCUCCUGGUCACCCUGGCAAAGAGGGUCCUCCUGGCGAGAAAGGAACAGUCGGUUUUCCUGGUCCAAUGGGAUCCAUCGGCUAUCCGGGUCCUCGUGGUGUAAAAGGUGCCGAGGGAAUCAGAGGCCUUAAAGGUGACAAAGGAGAAAAGGGAGAAGAUGGAUUUCCUGGGUUCAAAGGUGACAUGGGCAUCAAGGGGGACAAGGGUGAGGUUGGUGUACAAGGACCAAGAGGAGAAGAUGGCCCUGAAGGUCCCAAGGGAAAGGCAGGACCAGGUGGAGAGUCAGGUCCUUUGGGUUUAGCUGGAGAAAAGGGGAAACUCGGAGUCCCUGGAUUGCCUGGCUACCCUGGAAGACAAGGCCCUAAGGGCUCCAACGGCUUCCCAGGAUUCCCCGGGGCAAAUGGUGAAAAAGGAGCGAGGGGAAUCGCUGGUAAAUCUGGCCCCAGAGGACAACGUGGUCCAACUGGUCCACGUGGGGGACGAGGAGCUAGAGGACCAACAGGGAAGCCAGGUGCAAAAGGCACCUCAGGCAGUGAUGGACCUCCUGGCCCACCUGGAGAGCGGGGACCUCAAGGACCGCAGGGUCCUGUCGGUUUCCCUGGACCCAAAGGACCAAAUGGUCCGCCAGGGAAAGACGGGCUGCCUGGUCACCCCGGACAGAGAGGAGAAACUGGCUUCCAAGGAAAGACUGGCCCCCCUGGACCUGGAGGAGUGGUGGGACCUCAGGGACCAACUGGAGAGACAGGACCAAGCGGGGAGCGAGGACACCCAGGGUCCCCUGGUCCACCUGGAGAGCAAGGUUUACCGGGGGCUGCAGGAAAAGAGGGUGGAAAAGGUGAUCCAGGUCCACAGGGUCAUGGUGGCAAAGUUGGACCUCCUGGUCUUAGAGGUUUCCAAGGGACCAGAGGUCUUCCAGGAGCCAUGGGUCCAGCUGGCUUAAAGGGAGGAGAAGGACCUCAGGGUCCCCCCGGCCCCAUCGGUUCUCCGGGUGAACGAGGCCCCGCUGGUCCUGGAGGUCCCAUUGGUCAGACAGGACGAAAUGGCCCACAAGGACCUCCUGGCCCUGCUGGAGAAAAGGGAGCUCCUGGAGAGAAAGGUCCCGUGGGGCCAGCUGGCCGUGAUGGCAUUCAAGGUCCAGUAGGUCUUCCUGGUCCAGCUGGUCCUCAAGGUCCCCCUGGAGAGGACGGUGACAAGGGUGAAGUUGGUGGACCGGGACAGAAGGGAAGCAAAGGAGACAAGGGUGAAUCUGGUCCACCAGGCCCGACUGGUGUCCAGGGUGUGGUUGGAGCUCCUGGUCCUGCUGGCAGCGACGGCGAAGCCGGGCCAAGAGGACAGCAGGGGAUGUUCGGCCAGAAAGGAGACGAAGGACCCAGAGGGUUUCCGGGGCUACCGGGACCCGUCGGACUGCAGGGUUUGCCUGGCCCUCCUGGUGAGAAGGGAGAAAAUGGAGACGUCGGACAAAUGGGUCCACCAGGUCCUCCUGGUCCCAGAGGUCCACAGGGCCCCAGCGGAGCUGAUGGUGCACAAGGUCCUCCUGGAGGUAUUGGUUCAGCGGGAGCCGUUGGUGAGAAGGGAGAAACUGGUGAGGCUGGCAACCCGGGACCACCUGGAGAGCCUGGCAUUGGAGGUCUUCGAGGAGAGAUCGGUGAGAAAGGAGAAACGGGCCCACCUGGAGCUGCUGGACCCGCUGGUGCUAGAGGACCCCCUGGAGAUGAUGGUCCCAAAGGAAACCCUGGUCCAGUCGGCUUCCCUGGAGACCCUGGUCCCCCCGGUGAGCCUGGUGCUGCUGGUCUAGAUGGUUUAGCUGGUGAUAAAGGAGAUGAUGGAGAGGCUGGACAACCAGGCCCUCCAGGUCCAUCCGGUGAAGCUGGAGUACCAGGACCCCCUGGCAAAAGGGGACCUGUUGGACAAGCGGGUCAGGAGGGCAGACAAGGAGAAAAAGGCUCCAAGGGAGAAGCGGGAGCAGAGGGACCUGUUGGAAAAACUGGACCUGUGGGACCUCAGGGACCCCCUGGAAAAGCUGGUGCUGAGGGUCUUCGUGGCAUCCCUGGGCCUGUUGGUGAACAAGGACUUCCUGGUGCUUCUGGUCAAGACGGUCCUCCUGGACCUAUUGGACCUCCUGGACUCCCAGGCAUGAAAGGUGACUCUGGAUCCAAAGGAGAGAAGGGUCACCCUGGCCUCAUUGGUCUGAUUGGACCUCCUGGUGAACCCGGAGAGAAGGGAGACAGGGGUCUGCCUGGACCUCAAGGAGCUGGCGGUGGAAAGGGAGAUCCUGGCAUUGGAGGAGGACAAGGUCCUCUCGGCCCUCCUGGUCCUCCUGGACUUCCUGGUUCUCAAGGACAGAAAGGAUCUAAGGGAUCAGUUGGUUCACCUGGUCAGAAGGGAGACCCUGGUGUGAUUGGGGUACCUGGACCACCUGGACCACCUGGCGAUAUGAUCCAGCCACUUCCCUUCCAACAGUCUAGCAAAAAGAGCAGGCGGCAGGCUGACGUGCAAGGAGACGAGGCGCUGGUAGACUACGGCACGGAGGGAAUGGAAGACGUCUUUGGAUCGCUCAACAACCUCAAACAGGACAUCGAGCGCAUGAAAUUCCCCAUGGGCACUCAAGACAACCCUGCUAGGACCUGCAACGACCUGCACCUCAGCCAGCCCGACUUCCCAGACGGUGAAUACUGGAUCGAUCCGAACCAGGGCUGCAUCGGAGACUCCAUCAAAGUGUUCUGUAACUUCACAGCAGGUGGAGAAACGUGCAUUUACCCAGACAAGAAAUCCACAGGAGUUAGAAUGUCCAACUGGCCCAAGGAGUCUCCUGGUUCUUGGUUCAGUGAAUUCAAACGAGGCAAAAUUUUGAACUAUGUCGACGUGGCGGAGAACACCAUCAGCCCGGUGCAGAUGACCUUCCUGAAGCUGCUGAGCUCUUCGGCUCGGCAGAACUUCACCUACAACUGCCAUCAGUCGGUGGCCUGGUACGACGCCAAGGCUGACGGCUACGACAAGGCGCUGCGCUUCCUGGGCUCCAACGAUGAGGAAAUGUCUUACGACAAUAAUCCUUUCAUCAAGCCGCUGAUGGACAGCUGCUCGCAGCUGACCCCCCUCCACCCCCCUCUCUGGAUGCUCCAGGUGAUGCUCUGGACACAGCCACAGUCGUGCUUUUGUGCAGAAA